AUUUGAAAUGUAUGAAAAGUGAUGUUUUGCUGUUACUUUAAAUUUUAUUUCGGACCUAAAUUGCUAUUUACACUGCAUUUUUAACGGUAGCUGCACUGUAGUAGAUUUAGCGCUGUGCACGUAGCUGUGGUAUAAACUCGGUCUGUGGCUCGCAGCCAGAAGGGGGCAGGGUGGAACUUCCAGUUCCAUGACGGACGUUAUCUUGGGCCUGAAACCUGGACUAGAGAGCAUUUUGCCGAGAGGCGUUUUCUGCAGUAAUAACAUUAACCAUCAGGCUGAGGAUGUUUUAUUGUACGCACACAAAAUUACCGUUAAACAACCCAUUUAUUCGCACCCUUUGCCUUCUUAUGUAUUCUAAGACCUAAAAAGAAAUUGUCCCUUUAAGAAGGUUUCACACUAGGUAGUACUGCCGGGGUAAGAGGGAAAAGUUCAGAGUUCAGGAAACAAAACAUCCCUAUAAUUGUUAAUGGCUUCUUUUGGCUGGAAGAGGAAAGCUGGCGAGAAGGUGUCCAAGGCGGCGGUCCAGCUCUUCGAAGCUGAGGCCCCCGAAGAGGUGAGCGUUGAUACCGGGGUGGACUGGCUCCAUGCCAUCAAACGACGUCGCGAAGUCCUGCUGGAGGACUGUGCCGCCAAGAGCAAGAGGCUGAAGGACGAAGGAGCCCUCUUGGCUGAGCAAGGCAGGCACUGGGAAGCAAUCAGAAGGUGGGAGGAAGCAAUCCAGUUAACUCCAGAAGAUGCUUGUCUUUAUGAGAUGAAAUCACAGGUGCUGACCUUCUUAAAGGAAGUAUUCCCUGCGGUACAGGCAGCAGAGAUGGCCGUACGCCUCAGCCCCCGCUGGUGGGAGUCCUGGCAGACUCUGGGACGGGCACAGCUCAGUCUGGGAGAAGUGGAUCUGGCAGUGAAGAGCUUCCAGGUCGCGAUUCACCUCUUUCCUACGGACCGCUCCCUCUGGGAAGAGGACCUGUCCUGGGCCAUGAAGCUCCAGAAGCAGCGCAGAGCCAUCGAGGAGCAGGCCAGGCUGGAAGAGGAGACUGCCAAGCAGUUGCUUGCUGCUCCAGAACUGAUCCCAGACUACGAUUUUGAGAGCGAUGAGGUGGUGGCUGCCUGUGCUGCCGUAGCUGAGAGGCAAAAGGAGUAUGAGAAACUCAAGAACAAAACUGUCUUUGUUUCCGAGUCUGGCACUGUUGAAACUGUCUGUGAGAGUAAGGACAGUAGUACAGUGCCUUCUCAUCAGCUGUUUGUCAAAGCACGUUGACUGUGACCUCUUUUAUCCAGGUCAAAAGGAUUAACUGUAUUGAUUGUACUGAUUUACUUUUUUCUUAAUAUUAAGUUUUAUUAAAUUGUUGCAAAUUAAUGUUGUAAUUUAUGCAUACUUCUCGUGAUUUUGAACUGCUGACAGGAAUAGUCCAGUUAUAUUUGAGGUGUUUUUAAAGAAGGUUUUCACAUAUAUGUACUUAUUUCCCCGGGAUUGAAAGAAGUAUAGAAGAGCUGGCUAAAGCAGGCGAAGGUAGCCUCAUUAUGGGACUGAAAAGGGAAAGUUUUGUGUUGUCCGUUGAUUCAACUUUCUUUUUAGUUGCUUCUUAAUCUAUGCCCCAAAUUUGGUGUCCCCAGUUGCUGUUCAGCUUGACUCAUCAAAUUCAUUUUUGUUCAUACAGGAGGAAUCCAAACUAUCACAUACUCGCUCUGAGAACCAUUGUUAAGAAAGUCCCUUUUUUUUUGCUGUCUGGUCCCAGGGUGAGUAAAGCAGACAUUUUGUACCAGCUAGAGGUCAAACACAGAUGCAACAGACAGCUCUGAAUCUAAGAGAUAUCAAGCUGGAAAAGGAAUUAAUAUUUCACAGCAAAGUGAAGAUUCUCCUGAUGACCUUACUCCAGCAGCCAUGACAACACUCAGUGACACACUGUUUUGCAUCAUCACUAAGGCGUGAUGCUACUCAGGUAGUUCCAAAGUUUAGGACUCAUCUUGUUCUCCAACAAGGCCACUUACUUGCCACUCAGAAGCUAACUACUAAUUUUGAUUUCCAAAAUUUGAAUUGUACUAUGAUUUUUAUUUUUCAAAAACUCAAAAAAGCCUACAUGUGUAUUAUGCUUAGCUGACUAUAUCACAUAUCUUUUGUAUCGGUCUGUUUCAUAAUAAUUCACUGUGCUUAUAUCAUGAAAAUCAGGUAUCAUGGUGCUGCUACAAUGGUUUCUCUAACCAGGACUGUUCAUCAUAUUGUAUUUUGUUUUAAAAAUGCACUUUGUAGAUAAUUUGCUUUUACUUGUUCCUAAAGAGAAAUGUCUCAGUAGCUGAAAAGUCAGCAAACUUUGAUGAUCACACUGUUUUUAACUAGACAGAAACUUGUAAUGCAAAAAACACAUAUAGGAUUUAAAACGGAUUGUUGAUUAUUCUAUAUGAAAACAAGUAAAUUUCAAUAAAUAUGAAAAUUUUUUAUUUUGA